GCAAACAACGUCUUUAAAGGCAGGCACAUGCUGCGAGACGUUCGAGAUUGCCUAAAUAGUUGGCGAAGACUCCCCUCGGUUACAUUGUUAAUGGAUCUAAUUGAACAAUAAACUUUGAAACCCAAAGUCACCAUCAAUUCUAAGACUCUUACAAACUCUACAUCAUCCGAAUUAUCUUUGUCACGAUAGACGUUCGGUUGUCACCUAAUAAAAAAGGGUUAAACUAUUUGAAUUGAGUAUAAGCUUAUUACUUACCCUAAUCAUUAUACCUUAAGUACGAUUAAAAUUAUGAUCAAUUAAGCAAUAGACCACCUCACUUCCAAGUUGAAAAGUCAUCAUAUCCUAGCUUCGAAAAGUUCGGACCUUGCGAUAUCAGCAGCUAUGUCUACGGUCGAAGAAGCGGGCGUAGGCGAUGGGGCCCUAAGCAACGACGUCCUUUUGGUCUUCUUCCCUUUUGCAGAGAGAAAGGAAUGGAUAGAACACAUUACCAGUCGCUUCAAAGGCCUUCAAGUGCGGUGGGCCAAUGCGAUAAACCCCGACCAUUCCGUCGUAGAAGCUACAGAUAUCGCCGCGGAGCUGUGGGACGGCGUAACUAUACUCUCCACGUUUAGGCCGCCUCCGGCCGAGCUGAUACCAAACGUCCGCUUCGUCCAGGUUACCUCGGCCGGUGUGGAUAGGUGGCCGAGCCAUCCUACAUAUCAGGACGAGAAAGUCAAGUUCUCUACCUCGAACGGUAUUCACGCGCCGCAGAUCGCGGAAUGGGUCAUUGGCGCCUGGCUUUCGCAUCAACAUAACUUCCUACACUACGCUUCGAACAUGAAGGCGGGAAACUGGGAAUCACCCUUUGCAUCCCGUAUUCAGGAUUCAACUGGACAGCGAAUGGGUAUCUUAGGAUAUGGCGCAAUCGGCAGGCAAUGUGCACGCUUAGCUACUGUCUUGGGCAUGGAGGUCUAUGCUUAUACGCGCAGUGAACGGUCUACCCCCGAGUCGCGCAAAGAUGACAGCUACUGCGUGCCGGGUACCGGCGACCCUGAUGGGAUUUUACCAGCCAAGUGGUUCCACGGCACGAGGAAGGAAGACGUCAACGAAUUCCUUGCCCAAGGCCUCGACCUACUAGUUAUUAGCUUACCGCUAACACCAGAGACGCGACAUAUUAUAUCUGACGAGCAGUUCGAGAUCCUUAGUAAGAGCAAGACCUUCGUGGCAAAUAUCGCGAGGGGCGGCCACAUCAACCAAGAUGCGCUCAUUAAGGCGCUAGAGACAGGUCAGAUUCGGGGGGCUGCGCUAGAUGUGACAGAUCCAGAGCCCCUACCCAGUGAGCAUCCACUGUGGCGGGCCCCUAAUAUCCUCAUCACUCCGCACGUAAGCUGGAAGACCGAACACCUCUGGGAUAGAUUGCUGGACAUCCUAGAACUUAACCUUGAAAAGCUAGCUACUGGGAAGCCGCUUAUCAACGUAGUGAAUCGCAAGCUUCACUACUAAUAGAAGGUAGGGGAGAGCAUAGAAGGAUGAUAAGCAUAAGUAAUUGAAGCUUUCGGCUAGAAACAGCAGUAAGGAGACGAAUAGAGUAUACCUAGAUGUGAAUAGAUCCCGGUUAUGGUCCUACGAGUAUGUAGGGACCUUUUGAUAUAACCUCAA